GGGGGACAAAAGGCGUUUUCCUUCCUAUUAUAAAUGAUUUAUUAACAGUAGUGGGUUUUCAUAAGGUUGCCGGUAAAGAAGCCGGUAAAUAAACAAGUCUCUGUCGGCAUGAAUCUCGGGGACGGCCUGCUGUUUGAACUUGAAAAUGGAAAACCCAAGUUGAUUGUACUCAGUCAUGGUGUUGAGAAGAAUCCAGUAAAGCUGACCCUCAGGCCCAGAGCGGCUAACAUCCUGAGCCCCAGGCAGCCGUCCUGUGUGGAGGAAGUGCAGGUGGAGCGUCCAGCCAGGCAGAAGGCAGGGAAGCACAGACACACUCGGGUCAAGGCAGGAGGAGCAGCAGCAGCACCUUCCUUUACCUCCAGCGCCACUGCUGAUGGGGGAAUAAGCACCUCACUGACAGUAUCCAAAACACGGGAGCAUCACACAGCAGAGGGCGACGCUAAAGCUGAACCCAAGGUGAAGUCAGACAGACACCAGCAGAGCUCCACUGUUGGAUCCCAGAGAGCUGCUGGGAAAAAAGGACAGCUUCAGACUCGAGGUGGUGGAAAGGCGCGACUAAAGGACACGCUGGCCAAUGGGGACGCAGGGCUGAAGGAAAGCGUGGUGUGUCUGACUAGUGAGCAGCUGCAGCGCAUCCUCAACACCGUCCAGACCUCUAGCAAUGGCCAAAACCCACCAGAGGACCACAGGACACAGGGGACUGAGAGAAAUGAAGCAGACUCAAAAUCUGUCUCUUUGGUCAAUGAUCGAGGAGGAGGAGAGAUAAAGGAGGAUGAUGGAGGAGGAGGAGGAGGAGAAAUGAAGAAGGGAGGAGGAGUAACUGAUAGAGCUGGAACCUCACAGGAUAAAGACAACAGGUCGUCUGGAUGUAUGCUCAGCUGGCUGGAGGAGCGACAGUCGGAGAGCAGAGCUGCCGUGGACGCCAAGAAGGCUCAGUGGAGGAGAGAACUAAAUGAGCAGGUGGCUCUGAAGCAGCAGCAGCAGCGUUCAGCUCCUGGCAGACUGCAGGCUGAGGAGGACGCAGAAAGUGUGUUAUCAGUUCGGAGCUCAUUGAGCCACAGAGAGCAGCCUGCAGCCAUCAGAUCCAGCCUCAGACUUGGGGAGUUCACUCCUAUGGAGGAGGUGCUGAGUGUGGGGAAGAAAGAGGAGCAGAGGAGACGCUGGCUGGAGGAGCUGGACCGACAGAGAGACGAGAUGACUGAACGCAGGAGACGAGAGAAAGUUCUGCAGAACCAGACGGAGGACCACGAGCUCUGGGCCACGCACUUCGACUCUCUGCAGAGGAGACCACCUCUUCCGGUCCAGACUGCAGCUCCUUCAGCUCCUCCUGCAGCUCCUCACUGUGACUCUGAGCGGGGGGAGUGGGAGCCCUCCUCCAGCCUGUCGCUGGUCUGGGAGGCUACGAGCAGCUGUGGAGCGGAGAGCAUCGGAGGAGCCAGCAUAGACACGACCAGCGGACACCCGACCAAAACCAGCUAUCUGAGAACCAUGACCGCCCUGCUCGACCCCGUCCAGAUCGAGGAGAGAGAGAGGAGGAGGCUCAAGCAGCUGGAGCAGCAGCGAGCGAUCGAGGCCCAGGUGGAGGAGCGGCGGCGGCAGAGGGAGCAAGAGGAGGCAAGGAGGAGAGAGGAAGAGGAGGAGGAGGAGAGGAGAGUGGCACUGGAGAGGGAGAUGCUGCAGAGACAGUACGAGCUGGACACACUGAGGGAGAAGCAGAAGGAGGAGCCGAGCCUUGAGGCAGAGGAGCCAAACGAAGGUCAUGAUUAUGGAAAUCUGCAGGAGCCGCAGGAGCCCCGAGCAGUUUCCAGACAGACUGAGUGUGUUGAGGAGAAGGUCAGCAGUCCAGUCUUCCCAUUAAAAGACACUGCUGUACAGACAGAAGAAGCUGCUCCUCUUCAGAUUCCUGAAGUCUCUGCACAGAACCAGCCGCCUCCUUCUCUGCCUGCUGCUCCUCCGAACAACAGGAACCGAGCUGGAAGGACAGGCAAGGAGAACAUCUGUCGGCCAGCCGCAGGAGGAGGAAGAGGAAGAGGAGGAGGAGAAGGAGGAGGAGACCCAUAUGAGGCAUUUGCCAGGAGAGAGAAGAGGAGGCCUGAGUGGAACACACAGAGGCCCAGCCGUCGCUUCGUCCCAGCCUCGGAGCGUUACCCGGCCGCUCUGCAGAGGAACAGGCAGGAGAAUCGACUAAAGAGGCAGGCUGAGCUCCUCGCCCUGCAGGAGAAGACCCGUCUGCCCCGAACGGACCCUCCUCCUGCUCCUCAGAACCAGGAGCCUCGUCUCUGCUCCAACCCCUCACAGACCAGAACCAGUUCGGCCAGGAGGGUGGAGAGUGUUUCCAGAGGACAGAGCGUCUCUACAGCCGCAUACACAGAAAGGGGGCGCUCUCCUCCUGUCCCUGCUGUCAGACACACUGUGCAGAGCCAGCAGGCCUCCACCUCUCCUCCUCCGCUAGAGUUCGUUCCUUACGUCCGGACCGACGAAGUCUUCAACCUGAACCCGCUGGAGCCGGCAGACACACCCCCCCCUCACAUUCCCACAGUAGCUCCUCAGAGAUCAGCGUCUCCUCCUCCUCCAUCACAUCGAGACCCCCUCCUCCACCCGGAGCUGCUCCGAAACUCACACACACACCGACAGCAGGAGAUCCUCAGAGGACUGGCCCAACUACGGCAGGGUUUACUACAGAAGCAGAGGGAGCUGGAGACGGAUCUGAACCCUCGACUGAAGCGCCAUGACAACAAGCUCCGGUCGCCCUCGACAACGCACCAUAUGUGACCUCUGGCGACUGAAAUUUCACACCUGGCUGCUCCGUGUGUGUGUGUGUGUGCGUGUGCGUGUGCGUGUGUGUGUGUGUAAUGACACGGACGAGUUCACCUCAACGGGAGCGUUCUCAACUCACCUGGAGAUCAUAAAGCAGACCGUAGCAGUACAGGAUAUUGUAAUGUCCCAGA